AUGGACUGGCCACACAACCUGCUAUUCCUUCUCACCAUCUCCAUCUUCCUGGGGCUGGGCCAGCCCAGGAACCCCAAAGGCAAGAGGAAGGGGCAAGGGCGGCCUGGGACCCUGGCCCCUGGGCCUCACCAGGUGCCGCUGGACCUCGUGUCCCAGGCAAAGCCAUAUGCCCGCAUGGAGGAAUAUGAGAGGAACCUGGGGGAGAUGGUGGCCCAGCUGAGGAACAGCUCCGAGCCAGCCAGGAGGAAGUGUGAGGUCAACCUGCAGCUGUGGCUGUCCAACAAGAGGAGCCUGUCGCCCUGGGGCUACAGCAUCAACCAUGACCCUAGCCGCAUUCCUGCAGACCUGCCGGAGGCGCGGUGCCUGUGUCUGGGCUGCGUGAACCCCUUCACCAUGCAGGAGGACCGCACCAUGGUGAGCGUGCCCGUGUUCAGCCAGGUGCCUGUGCGUCGUCGCCUCUGCCCGCUGCCGCCACGCACCGGGCCCUGCCGCCAGCGCGCAGUCAUGGAGACCAUCGCCGUGGGCUGCACCUGCAUCUUCUGA